ACCUCACUACCUCCAAGAGAAAAAAAAUAAAAAUUAUGCUGUGCUUUGAAGUUUGAUGACCUGUGUGCUAAUGAGUUUAAUUUUCUAACUUUGUGAUUAUUAUUUGGUUUGUUUGUGCAUUUUUUUUGUUUAAUUCUUUGUACUUUUUUUAAGAAUGGUUGUUUGGAGGGAAAUAAGAUCAAAUUAAGUGAAUAAUUCUGGAAAGCAUGAGUUUUUUAUUGUGGGUUUUUCAGAAAUAUUAGUUGGGUUUUUGAGAACUAAGAAAUAAAGUACAUACAACUCUGCAAUAAUUAUGUAUCUAAUUUACAUGCUUUAUGAUGCCACUUGUGUAUUCAUCUGUACUUUCGCACCUGUCUUUUGUCCUAUGCUUUUUCUUUAAUAAUUAGUUUAUAAUUUGGAACAUUAUGCUUGUUGAUUCACAUGAUGGUGCUAUUUUGUUGUGGAGAAUCUCAACUUGACAAACAGUCUAAUUGCAAUAUAUGUUGGUAUUGUUGGAUUGUUACAGAACUUUGUAUCAUUGUGAUACGUUGAGCCACAGUUGAACUGCUACUUCAUUGGAGUGGUUGAGUAUUGUUCCAUCUCCAUUGUGGUAGAGUAUAGAAAAUGAGAAUAUUGGCUCGUUGUAUUUGCCAAUAUCAAUCAAUCUUAAGGCGCCAAGGAGAAAGUUAUGCUAUGGGGUUGGCAAGGAGAAGUUAUUUGGCGAAUGGGAGAUUGAGUUGUACACGUGACACCAUUCAGAAUCUGCAAGUACAUAGAUAUGCACAUCCUUUUAACAUAAUAUCAAGAACUUUAUCAGUUGAUGCUGUGCAAAUUAAUGAUGGAGAUGGGAUCAAUGGAGGCCCCCUUGUGGAGUAUGAAAGACGAGUUGCUGCAGGUGAACUAUUUGAUGGUGAUCUAUGUCAGCUAGACACCUUGAGAGAGCUUCAGAGGCUCUAUGACGAGCUUGUUAAGAAAGCUGAUGAAUGUCGGUUGGAUCGCUAUGCAACAUCAGAAAUAUCGAGGAGUAGGUGGUUAUGGUCCAGAUUCAUUCCACAGUCGUCUUAUUCCCCAGUGAAAGGAUUAUACCUUUACGGUGGAGUGGGCACAGGGAAGACCAUGUUAAUGGACUUGUUUUUCGAACAAUUACCUAGCAACUGGAGAAAAAGGAGGAUUCAUUUUCACAACUUUAUGCUCAAUGUUCAUAGCCGUUUGCAGAGACAUAAGGGUGUGGCUGAUCCACUUGACGUUGUUGCUGAUGAGAUAUCGGAUGAUGCAGUUUUGUUAUGUCUUGACGAAUUUAUGGUAACUGAUGUGGCUGAUGCAUUGAUAUUGAAUCGCCUAUUUGGACACCUGUUUAGCAAUGGUGUUGUUCUUGUUGCAACUUCAAAUCGUGCUCCGGAUAACCUUUAUGAAGGUGGCCUACAGAGAGAUCUUUUUCUACCUUUUAUUGCUACAGUCAAGGAAAGGUGUACGGUGCAUGAAAUUGGUUCAUCGGUGGAUUAUCGAAGGAUGACUUCGGGCGAGCAGGGGUUUUAUCUAGUUGGACUGGAUAUGUCAGGUCUUCUGAAGGCAAAGUUUCAGCAGCUAAUAGAGGAACAUCAGCCCCAGGCGCAAGAGGUAGAAGUGGUUAUGGGAAGGAAAUUACAGGUUCCAUUGGGAGCAAAUGGAUGUGCUUAUUUUCCUUUUGAAGAGCUGUGUGAUAGACCUCUUGGAGCUGCAGACUAUUUCGGAUUAUUCAAGAAAUUUCAUACCCUAGCACUGGACGGUGUGCCAAUUUUUGGGCUUCACAAUAGGACGGCAGCAUAUCGGUUUGUCACUUUAGUUGACGUGCUGUAUGAAAACAAGGCUAGAUUACUGUGUACUGCUGAGGGAAGCCCAUUUGAACUUUUUGAAAGAGUUGUAACAAUAUCUGAUGCCAAGAACAUGGCACGACGGACCUCUUCAAGAUCAAGAAAGUGUGAUGUUGCUGAUCUUUGUGUGGACAAUGAACUAGGAUUCGCCAAGGAUCGCACAGUUAGUAGAUUGACAGAAAUAACUAGCAAAGAGUACCUAGAACAGCAUGCUGCAAUAUUAGCCACGAGGCAGCUCGAAGAAGCAGCUUAAACAGAGGGAAGCAGCUGAAGAUGCCGUGGAAUCUUUAACAGUAAUGUUGUGAGAUCAAACUUUACAUACAAGUAAUGUUGUAUUACCAUAAACUCGCCUGGAUUGCGAGUUUGGUUCAAAAGUGGGAGAUGGAAUGAUCCCUAAUACAAUAAUACCAGCAAAAGCCGAAUAACAUGAUUUUAACCUGUUGUAAAAUUACAGUUUAGUUCUUGUUGUAACUUGUAAGUCUUCAUAAUUAGUUUCCUCAUUAAAUGAGAAGAUGUGAGUUGUAUAUAACAGCACAAGGGUUUCAAAUUUCAAUGGCAUUUCUCCUUGAUUA